CUUGGCGUUGUCUUAUAACGGAGGUUUGCGGAGAGCGGGGCUGUAGGGUGAUAUCUCUCGCAGUAUUUUUAUUACCGUCGCUAUCAGGUUUCUCUCUCACUAAUUCCGGAAUAGUUUCUAGGGAGAGAAAAGGAAUACGACUAAUCCAUCGAAGGUUGCUUAGGCCCAAAACAUCACUACUAUUCUCGCACGCACUCUUGCUAUCUCUAAAACCUAUCUGCAGAAAUCUCCUUCUUUCAAGGUGGAGUUUUUUGUCCUAAUUGGGGAGCGGAGGAUUGCGGAGUGAUUUGGUGGAUUUUUUUUUUUUCCUUUUGGGUGGAAGUUGAUGGGGAAAGGGGGGCAAGAUUAUGGAAAAAAGGAGAUUUUGGGCGAGAAAAAGGAGUCUAAUAGGGAAGCUUAUCCAGCGUGGUCAAAAGAUGUGAAGGAGUGUGAGGACAAGUUUCAGGUUAGGAGAGAUUUUGGGUUGUCCAGCGAUGAGGUGGAAAAGAGAAGGCGGAUCUAUGGGUGGAAUGAGCUUGAAAAGCACGAGGGGCCUUCCAUUUUUAGGUUGAUUUUGGAUCAGUUUAAUGAUACUCUGGUUAGGAUUUUGCUUGUGGCUGCAGUGGUCUCGUUUGUUUUGGCUUGGUGUGAUGGCGAGGAAGGUGGGGAAAUGGAGAUCACUGCAUUUGUGGAGCCUUUAGUCAUAUUCUUGAUCUUAAUUGUGAAUGCUGGUGUUGGGGUGUGGCAAGAGAACAAUGCUGAGAAAGCAUUGGAGGCUCUGAAGGAGAUACAAUCUGAGCAUGCCACUGUGAUUCGUGAUGGUAGAAAAAUUUCGAGUUUGCCCGCAAAGGAGCUUGUUCCGGGGGAUAUUGUUGAGUUGCGAGUUGGGGAUAAAGUUCCUGCUGAUAUGAGGGUUUUGAGUCUGAUUAGCUCGACUUUUCGGGUUGAGCAGGGGUCAUUGACUGGAGAAAGUGAGGCUGUUAGUAAGACCAGUAAAGCUGCUGCAGAGGAUGUUGACAUUCAGGGGAAAAAGUGCAUGGUUUUUGCCGGAACAACUGUGGUUAAUGGGAACUGUGUUUGUUUGGUUACUGACAUUGGGAUGAAUACUGAGAUAGGAAAGGUCCAUUCACAGAUUCAAGAGGCCUCACAAAGUGAGGAAGAUACUCCAUUAAAGAAGAAAUUGAAUGAGUUUGGAGAGAUUUUGACUGCUAUUAUUGGAGUAAUAUGCUUACUAGUUUGGUUAAUUAACUUGAAAUAUUUUCUCUCCUGGGAUUAUGUUGAUGGCUGGCCUAGGAAUUUUAAGUUCUCAUUUGAGAAGUGCACGUACUACUUUGAGAUUGCUGUAGCAUUGGCAGUUGCUGCCAUUCCGGAAGGGCUUCCGGCUGUCAUCACAACUUGCUUAGCCCUAGGCACCCGCAAAAUGGCUGCUAAGAAUGCACUUGUUCGCAAACUUCCCAGUGUGGAAACUCUUGGUUGUACAACUGUAAUUUGCUCGGAUAAAACGGGUACAUUGACGACAAACCAAAUGGCUGUGGCUAAGUUAGUAGCUAUGGGUUCGAAGGGGAGUGCUCUUCGAACGUUUAAUGUGGAAGGGACCUCUUAUGAUCCUUCUGAUGGAAAAAUACAAGAUUGGCCAAAGAGUCAAAUAGAUGCUAACCUUCAAAUGAUUGCUAAGAUUUCGGCAGUGUGCAAUGAUUCUGGAGUGGAACAAUCUGGCCAUCAUUAUAUCGCCAGCGGCCUGCCUACAGAGGCUGCAUUGAAGGUUCUGGCUGAAAAAAUGGGUCUUCCUGCUGGAUUGGAUGCUGUCUCAUCUUCUGCUAACAAUGGUGGACUUCGUUCCUCAAACAUAUGGAAUAAGAUUGAGAAACGGAUUGCCACUCUUGAGUUUGAUCGUGAUAGGAAAUCAAUGGGAGUUAUCGUGCAAAACUCUAAUUCUGGAAGGAAGUCAUUGUUGGUGAAGGGUGCUGUGGAAAAUCUGCUCGAGAGAAGCUCCUUUGUGCAAUUGCGUGAUGGUUCUGUUGUCGAACUGGAUCAAACUUUAAGGAAUCUCAUUCUAGAAAGCCAGCAUGAAAUGUCGACGAAAGCAUUACGCGUUUUAGGUUUUGCAUACAAGGAUGACGUUCCAGAAUUUGACACUUAUACUGGUGAUGAGGACCAUCCAGCUCAUAAGCUCUUAUUGAAUCCAGCUAAUUAUUCUUCAAUUGAGAGUAAACUGAUUUUUGUUGGUUUGGCUGGAAUAAGGGAUCCACCUCGGAAGGAGGUUCGCCAAGCUAUUGAAGAUUGCAGAGCAGCUGGGAUUCGAGUUAUGGUAAUUACUGGAGACUACAAGAAUACAGCUGAAGCUAUAUGUCGUGAAAUUGGUGUUUUUGGAUCGCAUGAGGAUAUUAGUUCAAGAAGCUUAACAGGAAAAGACUUCAUGGACCUUCGCAACCCAAAAUCGCAUUUAAGACAGCUUGGGGGACUUCUUUUCUCUAGGGCUGAACCAAGGCACAAGCAAGAAAUAGUCAGGCUGCUCAAAGAAGAUGGUGAAGUUGUAGCAAUGACUGGGGAUGGAGUGAAUGAUGCACCUGCAUUGAAAUUAGCAGAUAUUGGAAUUGCAAUGGGAAUUGCAGGAACUGAGGUUGCAAAGGAAGCUUCUGACAUGGUUCUGGCAGACGAUAAUUUCAGCACAAUUGUUGCUGCUGUUGGUGAAGGCAGAUCCAUUUACAACAAUAUGAAGGCAUUCAUCAGGUACAUGAUUUCCUCGAACAUUGGUGAGGUUUUCUCCAUUUUUCUGACAGCAGCUUUAGGUAUCCCUGAGGGUCUUAUCCCAGUUCAGCUUCUGUGGGUCAACCUGGUAACUGAUGGACCACCAGCAACAGCUUUGGGAUUCAAUCCACCAGAUAAGGAUGUAAUGAAGAAACCUCCUAGGAGAAGUGAUGAUUCGUUGAUCAGUCCUUGGAUUUUGUUUCGUUAUCUGGUGAUUGGACUAUAUGUUGGUUUAGCAACAGUUGGUAUUUUCAUCAUCUGGUAUACGCAUGACUCUUUCUUUGGCAUUGAUCUAAGUGGAGAUGGACACAGUCUUGUCACCUAUGCCCAGCUAGCUAACUGGGGUCAAUGCAACUCAUGGGAGAAUUUCACAGCUUCACCUUUCACAGCUGGGAAUCUAGUGUUCAACUUUGACACAAAUCCAUGUGACUACUUCCAGACUGGCAAAAUCAAGGCUAUGACUCUCUCCCUCUCUGUUUUGGUCGCCAUUGAGAUGUUCAAUUCCCUCAAUGCUCUCUCGGAAGAUGGAAGCCUCUUGACAAUGCCUCCAUGGGUUAACCCAUAUCUCCUUGUCGCCAUGUCAGUCUCAUUUGGCUUGCAUUUCUUGAUUCUUUACGUUCCAUUCCUAGCUCAAGUCUUUGGCAUUGUCCCUUUAAGCCUGAACGAGUGGUUAUUGGUAUUGUUGGUUGCCCUCCCCGUCAUAUUAAUUGAUGAAGUUCUCAAGUUUGUGGGUCGGUGUACGAGUGGAGUUCCAACAUCAGCAAGAACUACAAAGCACAAGGCGGAGUGAGAACAAAUAAUAUCAAACAGAUAACAGGCUGAGAAUAACGCUCAUGCAUAAAGCCGCGGACGGGCAUAUUGGUGAUACCCACGGUCUCAGUUCUUGGAGUAAGAUACAAGUAUUAGUUGGAAACCUGGACUAUGGAGGGUUAAUUAUUACAUAGAUUCGUUUGACAUUUAUAGAACUCUUGAUUGAUGGUAGAGUCUUACCAUGACUUUCUAGUUUUGUUUUUACUGAAUGAUUGGCCUUUUAAUUGUUGGGCUGAUCUCAUUAGUUUGAGCGAAGUGGAACAUCAAGUGGUAUGUUCUACUAAUUCUAUUUGUUGGUUUCGCCAAUACUAACCAGUUGAGAAAUUGGAUGUUGCAAAA